AUGUCAAUAAAAUAAAAUGUAAUAAAAAGACUGAGUAUUCAAAGCAAGCAAAUUGAAAAUUACCUUUAAGAAGAAGGAUUACAAUUGAUAGGUAUAGUUAAAAUAUAAUAAGGUGAUCAAUCAUAUGGUGAACUUAAAUUUCAAAUUUGGAGUUAUAACAAAACAUAGAUCACUUUACUUAAGGAGUAAUAAUAUGUUGAUCCAGAACAACUUAAGAAAAUGGAAGAUAAUGAGGAUAAAAAUAAAGAAUGGGACAAGUGUAGAAUAUUUAAUAUAAUACGACCAGAAGAACCUAAAAAAAUAAUUUGGGAUUUAAUAGGAAUGGCAUUCAUUUUUAUAUAAAUGAUAUUGAUUCCAUUGAUUUUAACAUUUGGAUUAAAUUUAGAUGAAGGAUUUAGUAUAUUUAGUAAUAUAAUGGAUUAUUAUUUUCUUGUUGAUAUUGUAUUACAAUUUUAGACUGGAUACUACAAUAAGUAAAUUAUAUUAAAUUAUGAUAGAGGUAAUUAUAUCUAUCAAAGAAGGAAGAUUGCAUUAAAUUAUUUAAAAUUAUGGUUUUGGUUAGAUUUGAUAUCUUCAUUUCCUUAUGAUGGAAUUAUCUCACUUACUUUAGAAGAAUCUAAUCAAAAAGAUGUAUAAAGAAAUACAUAGAUAAUUAAAAUAAUGAGGAUUUUAAGAUUUGUUAAAGUUAUUAGAUUGAUGAGAGCUUUGAAACUUAAAAAGAUAAUUAAUCAAAUUGAAGAUUCCUUAUCUUUGGAUAAAUCUAUAACAUCAUUUAUUUAAUUCUUAAAGAUCUGUCUUAUUAUACUUUGUUUAUCACAUUGGUUAGCAUGUAUAUGGAAUGCAAUAAGAUUGCUUUAACCAAAUGAAUAAGAUUGGUAUUCAUAAUAUUUUAUUAAUUAUAAUUAAGAAUUGGAUAAUGAUCCAAAUUAUUGGUUUAAUUAAUAUGUAGCAGGAAUUUAUUUUAGGUAUAUUUUAUAUUAUAUCAGAAAUAAAGCAUAACAACUAUGAUCACAAUUGGAUAUGGAGAUAUUUCACCAAAAAAUACAAUAGAAAGAUCUUUUGGUGUAUUUGUGAUGAUUUUAGCUUCUGGAGUAUUCGGAUAUGUGAUGAAUUCUAUUGUCUUACUUUUUUAGAAUACAAACGAAUCUCUAGAAGAAUUAUUAAUAAAAAAUGAUUCUGCAAAAAAGUUAAAUUUUAAGUUAAUAUUAUAGAUAUUUAAAACAUAAAUGUAUAAAUAAAUCACUUUAAGCAAGAAUUAAGAAUUAUUUAGAAUGGUUAAUAGAAGAUGAAUAAUUAUAAAAAGGAUAUGCACAUAACACUUUAGAGAAAUUAUCAUUACCAUUAAGAAAUUAAGUUACUUAAUUAGUACAUGGAAAUAUGAUGAGUUAGAUUAGAUUCUUAAGAAAGAAUUUCUCUCCAAUUCUUUUAAAGAAUCUAGCUUUUAUAUUUUAAGAAGAAAGUAUUAUUAUAAAUAAUAAAUUAGUAUAUAAUCCUGAAGAUUGGAUAAUUAAACAUGAUGAUCCUAUUGAUGAUUCUACAUCUAUUUAUUUUAUAUUAAAUGGGAGAGUAUCAAUAUGUUUUCCAAAAACCAAAGGAAUUAUUGAUAUUUAAGAAUUGACUAAAAAAUAAUAUUUUGGUGAAAUUUCUUUUUUUGCUAAUGUUCCUAGAUGUGCAUCUGUUAAAGCAAGAAAUUUCAUUAAUAUAUUUAGACUUUCAAGAAAAGCAUUUUUAGAAUAAUGUGAAAAUGAAGAUUUAGAAUAAUUCUUUUAAUUCAAAUUUAAUAUUGAAUUUGAAUAGAAAUUAGAAGAUUUAAAUAUUAAAUGUUAUGUAUGUUCUGCACCUAAUCAUACUGCCAAAUAUUGUCCUAAUACUCAUUAUAUUGUUAAUAAAUAUGAUAGAAUAAAUAUUAUUGAAAAAUAUAAUGAUGAAAUCAAAUUAAUGAUAAAUUCUAAAAGAAGAUUAAGAAAAAAAUCAAAAACUUUUAUUAAUUUAUCUAAAAAUUAAUUAGCUUUUUAAUAAAUUACUUCUGAUCUUUAUACUCUUGAAAAAUAUUUAAAUUCAUUUAAAAAGAAUAAAUUAACAACCUUAAGAAUUAAAGAUUCUUUUAAAACUGAUUCAAUUAAAGAGUAUACUAAUUUUGUUCCAUAUUCAAAUUUAGGAUCUAUUGCAAGAUUAUAAAAUUAUAAUGCUGAAAUGUAUGCUGAAACUGUUAGAUAAUUAAAAGAUAAAGAAAAAAAGAAUAAAUUAAAAAGUAAAUUUGUAUAAUUACUUCAUAAUAAAUAAUAAAAAAGAUCAUCAUAAUAAUCAUUAAAAAAUUCAACUAAUAAAUUUUCUAAACUUGUCUUUGAUGUUAAUAAACUUAAAUUAUAGUAAAAAUUAGAAGAAUAAUCUCAAUCCAUUAAAGAAGACAAUCAUCAUUAUUAAUCAAAAUUGUAAAGAUUAACAUCCCCUAAAAAUCCUUAUAUUAGAUAUUAAACUAAUACUAAAUUAAAAAGAAUGCCUAGAAAAAUCUUCUUUGAUGAAUUAAAUGAAACAGAUAAAUUUUAAUAAACAAUCAUUGAUGUAAUACCUGAAGAUGCUUUAGAAAGUCCAGCUUAACUCUUAAAAUAAACAAAAUCCAUUAAAUUAAAUAUUAAACCAUUUAAAAUGUUCAAAUCUACAGAAUCAACUAUUGUAGAAUCUGUACAAUAUCCUGAUCUUUAUAUAGAGAAACAUGUAAAGAGAAGUCAAUCAAAUGAAUAAAUUAAUUCAAUUAAGAAUGAACUUCAAAUUCAUCAUAAAGUAUUUCUCGAAAACAUGAUAUAUCUUGUUGUAAACUAUAAACUACAAAAUUGUAAAUGA